GCUCGAAGUGGGCGCAUACAUCCCCUUGCUCAGCACACCACCGCGAUCUGUUCUAUCAUCCUUCUUCUUCCUCACUCUUUAUCAUUCACUCUUUACCUGACUUGAAGUCACUCCAUUCUUUUCAACGUAUCUCCAAUCGCAAAUAUGAAGGCCACUAUCGUUCUCUCCGCCGUCCUCGGCUUCGUCUCCUCGACCUCUGCUCACUACACAUUUGACAAGCUCCUUGUCAACGGUGUUCAACAGGGUGGUGACAACACCUAUAUCCGCAAGCACCAGAACAGCUACAUGCCCACCAAAUUCAAGAAUGUUCCCUCCGGCUCUAUCUCGCCGACUGAUGCCGACUUCUCCUGCAACAAGGGCGCCACUGCGGCCGCCAAGGUCUUCUCCGUCAAGGCCGGCGACAAGGUUGGCCUUAAGCAGGCCUUCGGUGGCACCGGCAUGCUUCACCCCGGCCCCACCCAAGUCUACAUGAGCCCGGUCAGCAAUGCCGCCUCCGAUAAGGGCACCGGCACCUGGUACAAGGUCUCUCAGUCCCUACUCUGCAAGGCCGGAAACGCCGAGUCUCUCCGUACUGGCGCAUGGUGCAGCUACGGCGAGGACAAUGUCCACUUCACAGUCCCUUCUACCAUCCCCAACGGCCAGUACCUCGUCCGUGGCGAGCAUAUUGGUCUUCACGGCGCUCACAACGGCGAGGCUGAAUUCUACUAUGCCUGCGCCCAGCUCGAGGUUACUGGAAACACUGCUACGACCAUGCCUGGCACUGGUGUCAAGAUUCCCGGCGUCUACAAGCAAGCUGACGCGGCCGUCAACUUCAGUCUUUGGGGCAGCUCAACCUCCUACAACACCAUCCCUGGCCCCGAUGUUAUCCCUGGCGGCACCACCCGCGGCAGCGCCAACGGAUCUUCUGGCGAUAAGUCCGUUACCGUCGCUGGAGCCAGCUCCGCUUCGUCCGAUGUUGGCGCCAAGGCCGACUGCUAAGUGACAGUGUUCUCUAGGCAGUAAAACUUCGGGCAACGCAACCACUGAGAACAUCUCUGGCUUUUGAGUUGCCGUGAUAGCCAGAUGACUCUCCAGUCCACUACCACGGCAGGGAGGUUGAGGGAGGGAGGGGGAGGCUAGAGGCGACCCUUCUUCAAGACUCAUCCGGAGUGUACCUGUUUCAUUUCGUGUAUUCAUAUAUCUAGUACAAACUUUGCAGUCGGUGACUGCGGGUACAUAA